UCGUUUACCAGUACAGCAGAUCCCUAAAGUUCUGAUGCUACGACGUUGAGGCUCGUGGUGACCGACCGGAAGCUCGAUUUCAGAAGGCAACGACCGUGGUAGGUAGGAAGACUGCGUUCCUUCGUCGUUCCACGAGGGGUUCGAAAACCACAGUACUUACGCGGUCCUGGCUGUGAAGUGUUUUAACUCGGCAGCGGGAGAAUGUGGAGGCCAGUGGUGAUCGAGACGGAGAACUGCGCGAGAGCUGGUCGAGUCGAUCGUGUGCAUGUGCAGGAUACUCAAAUUGGGUCGCUUUUUCCUUUCGUGUUCGGGCUCUAGAACAAGAAGGCGGAUUGAGUUCCACAGCGGGUCGAGGGCAUCGGGACCCUCGGGACUCCGGGGACCGAGAGAUCGGAAACAUUCAGGAGCCCGAGGAGGAGGGCAGGAGGCGCGGCGCUGACGUGGGUGGGCUAUUUUGGAAGGACCGAGAAGUUGGGGACGUUCAGGAGAAUGAGGAGCGCAGCAGCCUCGGCGUUGAAGGGGGCUUCCUAUUUUGGUAGGGCCUGUAGAUGCGAAGGCGGGAUCCCUCCCGCUGACUUCCGUAUCCGUAAGCCGGUCAUGGAGCGUCGGACAAAGCGGCGGGGAUGCCUUUUGUCGCCCGUUUAUUGCCGAAGUAUUUGCGGGCGACAAGACGCACUGUUAGCAGUAAUGGCCCCCAACAAGCGAGCGAGUGCUCUCCCUGCUCGGCUCCGCUGUCUGGACAUAGAAUCUGUGUUCUGGUCCGCCUCGUUCCGCCAACUCUCACCGGGUCCGCCUUCGGCCCGUGCUCCCACCGUCGCAGGCCGGCUCCACUCCGCCAUGAAGGAGGUCCACUUUCGCCUGUCGCCGCUGUCAGGCUCUGUCCCGACGAAGAAUAAUUGAUGCCCCGUCGACGUAAAGUCUGACUUUGGAAGCAGCAGAGACUGCGACUGCGACUGUGAACGAGGGCCGGUGAUCGGGUGACCUGGACCCCGUAGGUUGAGUCGGCGACCGGUAGCCAGUGCUUCGCGGUGCCGGGCCUGGUGCCUGGGGAGUCGUCGGCCGUUCGGCCCUCCUUCCACGGAGGCAGUGCACCAUGCACUGCCAGCGUGGCCAAACACGCUCGGCACGACCGGCGAGCGCCAGUCGCGCGUAAGGGAAUCCG